AUGGAUCAUCGCAGCACUUUCUUCGCGCUCGCGAUGAUCUCACUCGCCAGCGCCACCGCGCAGCAUUUCUCCUCCUCUUGCGGCGCCAGAUGCGACGAUUGUUCUGGCGGUCUCGUUUGCAAUCCUGUUAGCAAGACCUGCGAUGGUGAUCCAGGAGCUAACACCCUUUCCUGCCCAAUUCCCGGCUGCGAGCCCGCGCAGACCUUCGUCUACUCGAAUGCCACCGCCCUCAAUCCCGAGUACUGCGUCGGCAACUACACCUAUCAGCUCUUCAAUUGCUCGCCUAAAGAGCAGUCUCUCAACUUCGCGGCUUUAUACUACAUCGAGCUGGAGGGGCUUCCCACGGCAUGCAAUCGGUCCACGCCCUACAAGAACUCGGAGCUCCUGGCAAAUAUGGCCACCGGAUGGUUUGCCAGUGGAUCCUCGUGCUUCAAAGAGAUUGCAAUCACGGCAGAGAAUGGAUGA